UCAGGUCAAGUCAAGUCAGAACAUACUUCAAACAGUGUCGUAUACAGCUCCACAAUAUCAAGUCGCUUUCCCCGUUCCCGGCUUUUCCAGGAUCACCAUAUUGAUUGAACAAAUACUCGACCAUUUUUUCUGCUUCCAUUACAAGGCUAACGAUGAAAUCAAAAUGAUGUUGAUAAUUCUGAACAGUCUAUUAGUGAUAAUAUUACUAACAACCAUCAAACUAAGUACUUGUCCGGUACGGUGUGCAUCGACGACAAAUGAUGACGCCAUCGACGAAACCGAUUUCUCCCUCAUGCGGAAGAUUUUCGGCAUGAACCUUAUGGAGGACAUUUAUGCCGAAAAUGGCAAAGAUGCAGAACUCUCGCCCGAGCUCAAGCAAGAAAUAGAACAACGUAUUGAAGCAUUUCGACGUGUUUCGGUUGGUGCUGAUGGAAUUCGGAAGCGACGUGGUUUUGUUGACCACGGCGGCAAUGGACACAGUAAAACUCAACGUAGGAAGACCAGAAGUACCCGUGAUAGUUCGAUCGAAGCGGAACAUUUCUAUCUGAGAGGCUUUCGCGAACGGGGUCAUGUGCCCGUUAAUUUCCCGAUCGACAUUUGUUUGCUUAAAGUAGGGCAAACAGUGUUCGCCGCCUCGUUGAACAUACGCAAGCUGAAAGAUAGCCAGGUCAAUCAGACAGUUGUUUCGUUCUACAGAAGACAAAAAGGUAGCUUCAGAAAGUACAUGGAACACACCGAUAUCCUGGCUCGCAAUAUCGACUGCAUUUCGCACGCAAUGUUCGGAUUCGUAGCCGUAGUUAACUACUACGAUAACGCAGAAAACCAGGACUCGCCACAAACGCAUCGUAUAAUGGACGCGGGCUCACCUGUUUUCCGAAUAAUGGAAGAUGGUCACACCGAAAUUGUGCAGAAAUUUAGCCAAUCCAAUCAGAACACUGUCCACAUGUGGAUUCAUGGGAACCAGAUUUAUCUAACACACACGUAUACUAAUUUGAACGAAAGCGUGGCCAACGUAUGUCCGCUGUACCGUUGGUCUGGGUAUCACUUUGACGUCUUCGAUGAUCUUCCCUGCUACAACUCGAUCCACAUCGAACCUUUCACGAUCGAACAAACGCUGUACAUUGCGAUCGCCAAUCAGAUGAACGACGAAGCAGUCGACGAGGAUACCUUUUCGGACAUCUUUCGGUUCGACUACGAACGGCAGAAGUUCGAUUUUCACCAGAAAAUUUACAUAUACUCGGUGUCCAAUAUCGCGUACUUCUUCCUGGAGCGGGACGAGCUUCGGGAGCACUUUCUCGUCACCGGCAACUCCCGCGCUGGCAGGAAAAGCAUGAAGGGACUGGACUACGAUCAGCACUCGAUAGUGUACAAGUUCUACCAGGGAUACUUUGUGCCGUUCCAGAAGUUUGAACUGCACAAGGUUAAGAAAUUUCUGCCGGUACUGCGCGAGAAUGGCGAGUUCCUGUUGCUCAUUUUGUGCCGCGGGAAGCCCCUGCAAAUCUACGAAUACGACGGCUGGAAGUUCACUCCCUCGCGCAUUGAUUACACAAGACAGGCCUUCGCAGCGGGAGUGUCGAAUAUGCGCACAUAUCGGCACAUAAUCAACGCCAAUCUAAUCGUGAUCGCGAACAAGAACCUGUACGGCCCGACGGCCAACAUAUUCUCGCCUCUGUACGGUAUCGAAAGUGGCCUAAAGGACGUCUACAACGAGUUUAUCACCUGGUGCGGGGAAACGACGGAUCAGCUGAAGCUGAUCAACUUGGAGCAGAUAUACAAUCAGCUUGUCGCCCUGCCGAAAGUUGGUGACGAAGUGGUGAAGAUUGACAAAGAUGCGGAGCUGAGGCGAUCGAAUGUGGAGAGCCUGCGGGCCUCCGUUUUACGCACAGACAAAUUUGUAUUCGAUCAGCGAUCAUUUGAUUAUCUGAACGGUGUCCGAGAUCAGCUGGAGAGCAUGAAGAGAAAAGUGAAAAAAAUGCAAGGCAUCAUCGAUGACAGCGUAAGGCUGGAUGAAAGUCUUGAAUUGAAAGGCGAUAUAAAAGUUCCACAAGUGAUUGCGUCAGAAGGUCUGGUAAGGAGUCUGGACGCGACAAAAAUUAACGAUGAGGUCCAGCAGGCUAGGGCUGCAAGUGAAACAGAUGAACCUGAGGCUAUCACACUUGAUCGUUUGAUAGUAGACGGAAAACUGGAUGUAAAAUUCUUGAAUGGUUACGCUGCUGAAACAUUGUUGCACACAACGGAUGAUCUCAGUGUUUUGGAGGGCGUAGAUUUGCACGUAAAGGAAGUGGAAGUAAAGGGAGAUCUGUACGUGCGAAACCUUAUCGAUGGAGUCCGCUUCACCCCUGACAAUGUUUUGAUCCAUGACGUUGAUCAAGUUUUCACGGGAAGAACCCUGCUUGUCGAUCAACUGAAAGUAAACAAUUUAACCACGAAAAUGAUAAACUCAACGGAUAUAGGAACAAUCAAAUCUUACAUUGAUAAAGCAGAUGCGAUUACCGCAGCGCGUGCACGGAGCGCAGACGAUCCAGACUAUCCGAUGAGAUUCAAGGAAAUUCGGGUGCAUGACUUGGAGCUAACGGGGCUUCUGAAUGAGGUUGAUAUAAACUACAUCGAUCGCAAUGCACUUAAAGUGGUUGGCGACCAGGUGAUCACAGGAGACUUCCACUUUGACAGCAUUGUUGCAUCUAAUCUGAUAACCCCAAAUAAUCGACUGUCGGGAAUAGAUCUCAACUUGAUGGUGCUAACUGAGCCGACAGGAGAAAAACCGGAUUUCACCGUGAAGCAGGAUGUACAGUUCAUCAAUCCGGUGCAUAUGGAAACCCUUCAAGUGACCGAACGUCUCAAUCACAUCCCAGUCGUUGACGGUGAGCUGCAAAUCCUGAUGCUGAAUUCCAAAGAACCACAACAUAUGACAGGAACUAAAACAUUCGAUAACGUAGAAUUGCUGGAACCAAUCCAGUUGCAGGGUAGAAUCAACAGCAGCAGUCUGAGUAAAAUGAACCCAAUUACAACGAUCACACAGGACAUCUUUCUGGAAGGUGAUUUUGAAAUCACCGGAGAUGUUACAGUCACAGAAAUUUUGAAUGCCACAAACAUUUACGGAGCAAGUCGUACGUAUAAUUACGCCGAUCUUUAUCUCCAUGGUCUCCCGCUCAAUGCAGCAUCAUCCGACCAGAACUUUACAUUCCAACAACCCCUGAUAGUCCAGCAUGCAUUCACCAAAUCGUUGAAUGAUAUGGAUGCGAGUGAACUGAUCCCGACUAACACCGGGAAGAUACAAUAUAUCACCGGAAGAAAAACAUUCACAGGCGAUUUAACCGUGCUCGACGGACACAUCGAUGCCGUUGUAAUCAACAAAGUUGACCUGAAAGAACUCAACCGGACCACACUCAAACGAACCGGCAAUCAGGUUAUUGAAGGGAAAAUUCACUUUAAAGAAAUAAUUGCUUCCGGCGUGAAUGCCAAGCAGACAUUUUUUGAGGAUCGUCCUCUCAGCACGCUGCUGACCAGCAACACCAAGCAGUGGAUCAAAUCAAAGGUACGACUAGAGAAGUGCAAGUUAACGAUCCGUGGCAACCUGAAUGUGGUAGAUUUGGAACUGCACAACGGAUCCACCAUUUACUCGUAUGAUCUCGAGCAGAUGUUAGCGGACACUUUGCGAAAAGAUUACCCCAGCGAAGAAACGGUGGUCGUGAGUGGACCCAAAAACUUCUAUAAUGUUACCGUCGGGAAGUUGAUCCUACACGAUCAAGCAACACUAAACGGUGUGGAUCUGAUAGGGCUGAAGAAAAUCAGAGACCCGGUUGAGAAGGACAUUUUUGUGGAAGAUACACUGAUUCUAAAGCAUCCGAUCACUGUUCGGAAUGCGUUCUUCAAUGGAUCUAUCAACGGAGUACGCAAAGACGAAUUCGGAAGCUCAUGGCUUCUGACAGAGUAUAACCAGACAUUCACCGCGCCACAAAUAUUUGAAAAUGUUAUCGCAGAUCAGGUAUAUUUGAACGGGUAUUUCAACGGAGUUAAACUGGAAGAAUUAGUGGAGGAUGUGUACUUUCUGAAUCGUGAAGAGCACGUGGAAAACGCAGUGUUUCACCAAGGCUUGGUGUCGUACCAACCGGUAACGGUGUACGGUCUCGUUUCCGGCUUAAACUUGAGCACUGAUGUACUGCUGACUGACUCCCGAGAGCGACAGUACCUUCAGGAAGUUCGCCUCGAGGGAAGUCUCUCAGUGAGCAAUGGAAUCGACAUCGGGAACAGUUUGAAUGGGAUGAAUUAUGCAAAACUACGCGAGUUUGUGAGCAGCAGUGGCUACGAACGUCCCGUGAAUCUGGAAGUUCAUGGUAACGUACACUUCUACCAGCAACCGGACGUGAUUCGGCUGAACGGUCACGACCUAGCGAAAUUACAUCGUGAUGUUUGGCUUACUAAUCGGGACGAGGUGUUGACGGGUGUGUAUCGCUUCGAUCAGGUUCACUUCGCUGGAAACGUUUAUGUGAAGGGACGUGUGAAUAAUUUAGACUUGAACGAAAUCUGCGUUAACUAUAUGAGCGUAUCCGUGCCACAAGAAAUUGCUACACCUUUAAUCAUCAAUGGACCAGUCGAGUUCAGGGAGGUGGCAAGCUUUGGAAAUCUUUCAUUGCACGGACUACUACGAGCCUCUGAGGAGUCCGAAGGCAUCAACAUCGUGGAAUUCGACAAAUACGUUCUGAAAAAAGACGUUGAGCAAACCAUCACAGGAAAAUGGAUAUUUCAUGAUGUAGAAGUUUACGGUAAUCUAAACGUAACCACCCUGAACGGUCUGGACGUUAGACGUGACUUCCUAAGAAGCGAUGCAACCGAAGCAACAUUUACGGGAGCCAAACGAAUCGAUAAUCUGCGGGUGCGCCGACUCAACUGUCCGGAUCCCUGCAUCAUCCAGGGCGUCGACUUCGGCGAGUGGUUCGCCAAUGCUGUCCGACUGGAUCGUCAUCAUACAAUCGAAGGCGUGACCUACCUGGAGUCGGCCACCGUUUUGGGUGACAUCGAAUCGCUGGGACCAGUCAAUAACAUCACUUUCAACGAACAGCAUUUGCUACUCAAAUCGAUUCCGCAAACUAUCGAUGGCGAUCUAUAUUUGCGAACGAAAUUUCCAGAAAGGAAUCUAAUCUAUCCAUCGUCGAUCGAGAAUCUUGAGGUGGAGACCAUCAAUGGGAAGGACUUCAACCAGUUUGUGGAAAACUUAGCCCGUAGAGAUCAGGCUACGCUUAUAAUCGAUACUCCAGUAACUUUAACACAGCCUCUGGAUGCAGAAAACAUAGACAGUGGAGAUAAUACCAUAUUUGGAGUAAAUUUCACUCAACUUUUGAAAGAAGUUGAGUACGAUGACCAGUUGGAAGAGUAUCAAUCCAAAUUACGCAGCUUACACACCGUGGGAGAGUCAGUGGUGGAAAAUCUUAAUGUUAAAACACCAUUUCUGGGUCAGUAUCAAUCGAUAAAGAAGUUAACCGGGCACUUCCGAAGGGUGAGUGUCAUUACGUUACCGCUUUCGCCGGUGGCCAUCGAGCUGCUCGUCGUACAUGUGGACGAUGGAACUCGUACGGCUGUGGAGUUUUAUCGAUGGAGCAAAAAGGAACAACGGUUCCGUAUUGCAAAAGGGUUUCCACCAAUUUUCUCACCAUCGCUGAUUGUGACGGACGCAAAGCGGAUUACCCUGAAUCACGUCCAGCAUCUGUUCGUGGAAUUCUUCGACCCAGUGCACCACUAUUAUCGCCAGUCCAUCCUGGAUCUGGAACCACCCGAUUUGCUGGUCCCCAGAAAGACUCCAAAAUUCGUCACCAUCUACGACUUCAACAGCACCGUAUCGCACAAUAUCAUUUCCUUCAAGCUUAUCGAUCUGGACUGCGUCGGUCUGUACUCGUCAACGGUCGAUGGAAUGAACAUCUACUGUCUGCAUCUGGAAAAUCUUCUGUACUACAUGAAUUUCCAGCAAGCGCUGAAAACAGCAGCUGUCCAGCAGGCUGUUCACCUGGACGGCCGGCUGAUACUGCUCAGCCGAGACGAUCGACUGCAAGUGUGGCGUCCGAAUCCCGAUUACAAACUCACGCUCUACCAGCGCAUCGAAGUGCUCCAUCCCAGCUCCAUUAGUGUGGCCAAAUUCGAGCACCAACUUUUCAUUGCCGUCAACUCGGUGCACGAUCUAGCGGAUCAGGUCCACCAUGGUUCGAUCGAAAUUUGGCGCGACGCGCGACCGCUCCAUCGCAACAGCACCUUUGUCCCGUUCCAGACGAUACUGACGAAGGUACCGAAGCAGAUUCAAUUUUCCGUCAUUCCAUCGGUCGUCGAGAUGAUGCUGUACACGUUGAACGCGAACCCAUUCCAUCCGUUCGUGGUAUAUCGAUACGAGGGAGUGUCCGGCUUUCGCGAGUAUCUCACCAGUAAUGUGCUCCGUUUAGAUCCGGGCGUUAAUCGACUAAGUGUUCUGAAGCUGAAUGGCGGUCAGCGUGAAUUGGUGGCACUCGUUGCUCCCAACAAGGAAAUUGUUUUCAUCGAAGCUGUGAUAAAGUGAAGGAUGCAUGAGUUUUCUGUUAAACGUUAAAUUGAAGCAGUUACCUUUUUUUGUACGAUAAUAUACAAUAUUUGAAAGUA